AGUUGAUCAGACUUUGUUACAUGGAAUAAUAACCUUCAACAGGUUCAACCAUUUUUUAGUUUAAACCGAACCUUUGAACCCUGGAAUAUCAAUCAUGGAAUUGCCUUGCAUUGGAAGUGAAAUAGCAGAAGGUACUAUUGCAAGUGAAGGGCGAGCUGCUCGUGAUGAUGGAAGUCGUACAAUUAUCUGGUGUGUACCUCGCUCUGUUUCUACGGCUCUCACAAAGUGUCUUAGUUUCAUUGAAGGCAUCCAAGUGUGGUUAGAACCCUACACUUACUGCAGAAUCACCCAAGUGAAUAUAAAGCAACAGCUAGACCUUGAUGUACCGGCCGAAUACGAAGGGAAUGAAGAGAUUUAUAAACGAAUGGCUGAUCACCUUAAAGAGACCGGGCAGGGGAACGCAACGACACAAGAGAACCUUUCUUAUGCAUCGAUCGGUCGUUUUUUGGAGCAGUCAGUAAGCCGUCAUGUCUUGGUGAAGGAUAUGUCUUUUGCUCUGUCACCCGAACAGUACAAGUUCCUCCCAAAAGGCUUCAAGCAUAUCUUCUUAAUUCGACAUCCUCUCAGAGUGUUUAAUUCGCUUCGAAAAUCAGUAUUUGCCCAACACUCAGCCUUGGGGAUGUUGAAAGGCGAAUCCGCAGUUGAGGAAACGUUCGACGUAGGACGCGACUACCCGUUCCCAAACGCAGGAGGUGGAUCAGUACAUAAAGAUGUUUAUGAAAUGUGGAAGUAUGUCAAAGAAAAUCUAGGUUCCGAAUCCAUCGUAGUCGACAGCGACGAGCUGUUGACGAAUCCAGCCGAAAUACUGCCGAAGAUCUGCCGAGCGGCCGGGCUGCCUUACGACGAAUCGCUCUUGAAGUGGGAUGAGUCUUCCGAAGUAACGAAGAGUUGGAUGGUUCCUUUUGAGGACCUCGUAGAGAAUUUUGUGUACUUCUUCGGCAGAGCUAUCAGAAGCAGCGAAUUUCUGCCGGCAAGCAAGAUGCCAUCACGUGACGACGUUCGACCUGACGUCAUUAGAUAUACCGAUCAGGCUAUGAAGUAUUAUGACGAAAUGUAUGAAGUUAGGAUCAAGGUCUAAGUAACUUAUCCGUCAUAUACCUUGUUAUGAGUUGCUAGUUAGGACACCAGUAUGUGUGAAUCUACCGGUAUAUUAGCAGCCGUGGGACAGGGGCGCACAGUAUUGGGAUUUAAUUAUAAUUAUUUUGUUAUUAUAUCAAUUACCACUGUAUAAUUAUAACCUACAUUGUUUAUUGCUAUAAAUUUAUGAUCACUCACGAAACUAUACCACUUGUUAAUUGACUUGUUUAUAUAAUUGUUUUAUUUAGUUUAAAAUGAAUCGGACUAAUAAUAAGAAAGUUAUGGCAGUGUAUGAGUGUUUGAAACAUGCGAAUCUCAAAUAGGCAAUUUGGUUGACUGGAUUGUGACGAUGCCGCGGAUAAUAAUUAACUCUCUCAUUCGUGUUGCUGUUUUUUCUCCUACGCGGCUUUUCCCUUGGGGAGAUAUUCAAAAUAUAUUGUGGAUAAUAUAUUAUUAAGUGUUCUCUAAAAAUAAAUGACACUCUCGAGUCAUAUAUUUUGAAAAAUUGACGUUUAUGAUUUCAUUUCGUAUGUUGGAACAAUUGGAAAGUUGCGCAGCGCUUCGUCAUAGUGACUCUACCAAUUCAGAAAAUUUGAAGUGCCCAUACGUUCAGUGAUUACAGCU